ACAAAUGAGAACACACGAGGUUCGUGAAGAGCAAAAAAGGUUCUUGAAAAAUAGCAAAGAUUCUCGUCCGGUAAAUUUCUUUAAGAAGUUCAAAUAUCGCAGUAAAAAAUCUGGUUAUCUCGAUUAUGGGUUACGAUUAAGUGAAUCUUUGCAAGACAAUCCCACUUCGGAAAAAUUGUUAAAUUUAAAAAAGAAAUGGGAUGCUAACGAGUAUAUGGACGACUGGGAUUGGUAUGAGGAUGAAAAAAGUAACCGGAAAGCUGAUAGAAAAGUAAAGAAAAGGAAACGCCAAGCACAUAUCGCAUUUCAUGAAAAUUUAGACGAAAGGCUUGACGGUAAAAAACUUUUCUGUAUUAAUGCGGAAGAUGAAGAAGAUGAAACUACAGUUAUAUCAG